CAAAUCAAAACGUAAGCGCUGUCAUCACCAUUUUUGUUUUUAUAAAACCCUGACUUUGAGAAAUCUCUGUGACCUCGAAAAGGGUGUCGUGAGUUCAACAUUUUCGCCCAAUCCUCUUCUGGAUUAGUUGGCUUCAAGAAUCAACAAUGUCACCUAGUACUCAAAGUCUGGUGUUCUUAUUAGCUAUCGUGUUAUUGGCAAUAUGCGGUCGAAUUUCUCAAGCUCGCGUAACAAUUGAAAACGGGGUAAAAACGAUGGUGUAUUUAUCACCUAAGAUAACCCAACAGCCGGGUUCCGUUUCAAACAAAUUCUACUAUGAUAUCGAGUUCCCAAAAGGUCAUAUUGCUUUAAAGAGUUUCAAUGCUGAAGUUGUUGAUGAAGCAGGGAACCCUGUUUCUCUUCAAGAAACUUAUCUCCACCACUGGGUUGCAGUAAGAUACUACCAACGUGAGGGUGUUAAAGAUGUAAAGUAUAAUGGUAAGCUCGGGUUCCAACAAUCAGAUAUCAUUAUUGCUGGGAAUUCUGGAGUAUGCAAUCAUGGUCUUUCCCAAUUUUUCGGCCUGGGAUCAGAGACACGAAAAACAUCCACUUACAUUCCUGAUCCUUAUGGAAUUGAAGUGGGUAAUCCACUCGAAAUUCCUGCUGGAUAUGAAGAGAAAUGGUUGUUUAAUAUCCACGCAAUUGACACUCGGGAUACAGAAGAUGCAAUGGGAUGUACUGAAUGCAGAUGUAACUUAUAUAAUGCAACUGUGGAUGAAUAUGGUCGGCCAGUGAAACCGAGUUAUGUGGGAGGAUUGUUGUGUUGCUACGAUGGAAUGCAAUGCAAAGUGAAUAACGAGCUUAAAAGUGUCGAGAGAAGCCUUUACCUGAGGUACACUGUUAAGUGGGUAGAUUGGAGUGACUCAGUAGUGCCCGUUAAGAUCUUUAUAUUGGAUGUCACUGAUACUUGGCAGUCCACAGGAAUCCAUGAUUGCGUGAUUGAGUUCAAUGUUGAACCAUGUACCACUGGGYUUGCUACUAAUGACUGCAUCAGCACCCGGAGAUCAAAUGUGAGUUUCCCGACUGCUGGUGAUGUCAUCUAUGGUGUUUCACACCAGCACAGUGGUGGAAUAGGUUCCGCGCUAUAUGGAGAGGAUGGACGGGUUAUUUGUUCGUCGAAAUCUAUAUAUGGGAAAGGAAAUGAUGUAGGAGAUGAAGCUGGUUACAUUGUAGGGAUGUCCACAUGCUACCCUGAACCAGGCUCUGUGAAGAUAUCUAAAGGCGAAAUUGUAACCUUUGAGUCUACUUACAGCACAGAAAAGAGCCACACUGGAGUUAUGGGGCUUUUCUACCUUCUUGUUGCGGAGUCUUCUUCGGAAUUAAAUGGUCGAGUUCAAAUUCAUCAAGAACCAAAAGUACCCAUCUUUUUGUGGGGUGUAGCCAUGUUUGGGUUGGCAAUUUCUGCUGCUGUUGUUGUUGCUUAUCGACGAAGAAAGCAAUACGAUGAUGGAUAUCAGUUUAUUGCAACUUGAGCUUCUUUCCUCGAUCUUGAUGGCGGAGUUUUACAAACAUGAGUAUUGUAAAAGAACAUAAUGAAAUAUUACUACGGAAUAAAGUGUGGUCGAGUUUAUCACCGUAUUCGUGUAUGCAUUUAGGACGAUGGUUUUGUAACAUAUGUUUGACGUUUUAUGAUAUGUACUUUGUUUAUCUUCCUUCAUUUAUUUCAGUGGCAUUUUCCUUGUUUGCA